GGUCUGUCCUGCGCGGUAUGCUCGAUACUGAUGCACAAUCGAUGUUGACGUUCUUAACAUUACUCGCUUUCUUCUGGAUUCAAAUAGCAUUCUGCGGAAAGAAGAAGAAAGGCCCAAAGCAGUCGGAAAGUGAAGCGUCUGAUAAUCCUCCAGAGCAAGGUACUCCUGAAUCCCCUGCACCACCAAAACCUAAAGCCCCGGCUGUAGGUGGAAUAGCAGGCACGCAUGAUCCUAAUUAUCAGACAUUGGCUAACAUUGGAGGUGACGUUUUUGGAGCCGAUAAAAAAGCAGCGGAAGGUGGCGGCCCUCCUGGUGGUGGUGGUGGUGGCCCUGCACCACCGAAAGCACCUGCUCAAGGAGGGCAGAUGGCUGGCACGUACGAUCCUAACUAUCAAACACUGGCUGGUAUCGGUGGCGAUGUCUUUGGUGCUGAUAAGAAAGGAGGUGGUGGUCCUCCAGGUGGUGGUGGAGGAGGAGCACCCCCAGGUGGAGGCGGUGGAGGUGGUCCUAAAGCACCUGCUGCUGGUGGUCAGAUGGCAGGUACCUACGAUCCAAACUAUCAGACUCUUGCCGGCAUUGGUGGUGAUGUGUUUGGAGAAGACAAGAAAGGUGCUGGCGGAGGUGGAGGAGGUGGUGGUGGUGGUGGAGGCGGUGGAGGCGGUGGAGGUGCUGGAAAACCGCAAGCUCCUGCCAAUCAGGGACAACAAGCUGGCACAUAUGAUCCGAACUACCAAACCCUAGCCGGUAUCGGAGGUGAUGUGUUCGGUGCAGAUAAAAAAGCUGCUGGCGGAGGAGGUGGAGGAGGUGGAGGUCCAGGAAAGCCUCAAGCUCCUGCCAACAAGGCUGCACAAGCUGGCACAUACGAUCCCAACUACCAAACUUUGGCCGGAAUUGGUGGCGAUGUGUUUGGAGCAGAUAAGAAGGCUGCAGGCGGUGGAGGUGGUCCCAAAAAACCAAUUGCACCAGCUAAUCAGGCAGCAAAGGCGGGCACGUACGAUCCAAACUACCAAACCCUAGCUGGAAUAGGCGGUGAUGUGUUUGGAGCAGAUAAGAAGGCUGCGGGUGGAGGAGGUGGUGCAAAAAAGCCGAUUGCACCAGCUAAUCAGGCUGCCAAAGCUGGAACAUUCGACCCCAACUACCAAACCCUUGCUGGUAUAGGCGGAGACGUAUUCGGUGCCGAUAAGAAGCGUUGA